AUGGAUAAGGUUAAGGAGAAACUUACAAAUUUGAAGCUAGAAGCUGAAAGCUGGCAAGAGAAAUAUGAAGAAUUAAAGGAACAAAUGAAACAAUUGGAACAGGACAAUAUUCAAAAAGAGAAUGAAAUCAAAUCAUUGACUGUUAAGAACCAACAACUAGACCAAGAAGUCGAGAAGUUGGAAGAUCAGAUCAAGGAAACAAAGGAACUAGCCGAAGAGUCAACUACACUUAAGUCACAUAACGAAAACUUUAACAAAAAGAACCAAAUGUUGGAAGAAGAAUUGGAAGAAACUGAUAGGAAAUUGAAAGAAACAUCAGAUAGGUUGAAAGAAAUCGAAUUGAAUUCUGAGACACUAGAAAGAAAGACGGCUGCGUUACAAGAAGAGAGGGAUGAAUGGGAGAAGAAGUAUGAGGAAGUCGCUGCCAAAUAUGAGGACGCUAAGAAAGAGUUAGAAGAAUUUGCCAACUCACUUGAAAAUUUAUGA